UAGCCAUGCACUUUAACGACGUCGUGGCACAGUAUGCACAUUUGUUAAUUUAUUUCUUCACGUUCCCUUUUCCGUUUUCUCUCAAACUCCACAGACCCAAAUCACUCCCAUUUUCCGAACCGGAAUACUAGCGGUACCGGAGCAACCGCCACAGUAUGAGUAUCUCGGAGCUGAUUUCCGAGCUGAGAGACUCAUUCCGUCAGAGAGAUUUUGAUAGAGUCGAAGAAACCCUAAUCGCUAGGGAAACGAAGUUGAAGGCGGAGAUUGAAGCUAAUAAAAGAGAAAUAGGGUUAUUGAAAGAGGAAGUCCAUUUUCAGCAGAUAGAAAAGAUGACUGUUGAAAUGGAACUCAAGAGGAUGAAGGAACUUAAAGAUGGAGGAGACAUUGCAUGUACUGUUGCUGAAACGGCAAAUGUUAGGGUUAACGGUGCUCCAGAAACCCUAGUGAGCCAGGAAGCGGCUUUGAAGUCCGCAAUCAAAGAAAAUGUGGGGGAAAUAAUUCAAGAUCAAUUCAAAAAUUUGGGAAAGCUCAAAUUUGACAUUACGGUACACGUUGUUAGAGAUGAGAAGCCUGGAGAGGAGUUCAAGAAGGUUGGAGUUCAUGAUGGAAAGGCUUGCCUUGUUGGUGAACAAGGCAAAAAAGACGGUCCAGGUGCUUCAGGUAAUGAAUUUUGCUCAGUAGAAGAGACUGUGAAUGUCAGGGAAGCUACGGUGACGGCAACAAUUGAAGAUAAAAUGGAGGGAAUUAGAUUGCUGCACGAGAAGAUGGCCAAGAGAGAAAAAUAUGCUACUACCGAAGUCAAAGAUAACAAGAUUGAUGUUUUGGCCGAGGAGACAAGGUUAGCCAGUGAACCAAGCAAAAAGGCCGGUCUAGGUUCUUCAGGUAAUUGGUUGACAAAUUCUUCAAGAGUAGUUCCGGAAAACAUCGCCACAAAACUGGCUGAAACUGAAAAUUCUUCAAGAGUAGUUCCGAAUAAUAUCGCAACAAAACUGGAUGAACCUGGAAAUUCUUCAAGAGCAGUUCCGAAAAACUUCGCAACAAAACUGACUGAACCUGAAAAUUCUUCACGAAUAGUUCCGAAAAACUUCCUAACAAAACUGCCCGAACCUGCUAGAGUUAUCAAAAGAGAUUUUGCUUCGUCUAUUGCGGAUGUUUCAAAUUACUUGGAUGGCUUAGAGAAUGAUAGUUCCUCCUCAUCCAGUUCUAGUUCAUCUUCUGGCGAGUUUGAUAUCUCCUCUUUUACACCUGUUAAGAGAACUAAGCUGAGCCAAGGUAAAUAG